UGUUGCAGACAGAAACAAAGAAAGUUUCAUUUCAACCACAGCUUCUGUCUAUUUAUAUAAUAAUAAUUAUUCUUUCUGCCACUGCAUGAUUGAAUCUGUGAAGUGGGUAUCUAGCUUUUCUCCAUUUUUUGGAUGGGAAACUUGAGUGUUCUCAUUGCUUGUGUUGUGUUCUUGGUUUCUCUGCUUCAUGAAGCCAUAGCCACAGCUGCAAGAACCCAGAACGGGUCAGAAGCUUGGGGAUAUGUACAAGUCAGACCUAAAGCACACAUGUUUUGGUGGCUUUAUAGAAGUCCUUACAGAGUUGAAAAUCCCUCCAAGCCAUGGCCAGUUAUUCUUUGGUUGCAGGGUGGGCCUGGAGCAUCAGGUGUUGGUUUAGGGAAUUUUCAAGAAAUUGGCCCACUGAAUCUCAAUCUAAAGCCAAGAAAUUCAACCUGGCUGAGAAUGGCUGAUCUCUUAUUUGUGGAUAAUCCAGUUGGUACAGGAUACAGUUAUGUAGAGGAAUCAAAUUUAUUUGUGAAAACUGAUGAAGAGGCAGCAACUGAUUUAACCAUAUUGUUGGAGGAAAUAUUCAACAGAAUUGAAAGCCUGCAGAAAAGUCCUUUGUAUAUAGUAGCAGAGUCUUAUGGAGGCAAAUUUGCAGUAACUCUUGGAUUAUCAGCUCUUCAAGCUAUAGAAUCAGGAAAAUUGAAGGGUAAACUUGGAGGAGUUGUAUUGGGUGAUACUUGGAUCUCCCCAGAAGAUUUUGUGCUUUCAUGGGGUCCUCUUCUCAAAGAUGUCUCAAGGCUAGAUAACAAUGGGGUUGAGAAGGCAAACAGUUUAGCAGAGAAGAUUAAGCAGCAAAUUGGCGACGGCCAGUAUGCUUCUGCAACAAAUUCUUGGGCAGAACUUGAGGGAGUAAUUAGCAGAAGCAGUAGCUCAGUGGAUUUUUACAAUUUUCUCUUAGAUUCUGGAAUGGACUCAGUAUCUCUAACAGCAGCAGAACUCUCACAAGGAAUGGCAAUGAAGAGGUACAUUAGAUAUCUUAGCUCUUUGGGGUCAUCUCCUGGUGGUGAUGGUGAUAUUGAUAGCUUGAUGAAUGGUCCAAUUAAAAAGAAAUUAAAGAUUAUUCCAGAUAAUAUUAGCUGGGGGGGACAGGCAGAUGAAGUAUUCAGCAAUUUGGCAGGUGAUUUCAUGAGACCAAGAAUUAAUGAGGUGGAUGAGCUUCUGGCUAAAGGGGUGAAUGUGACUGUCUAUAAUGGGCAACUUGAUUUGAUUUGUGCAACCAAGGGCACUGAAGCAUGGGUGGACAAACUUAAAUGGGAAGGGCUUCCUAGCUUCUUGAAGAUGGAUAGAGCCCCUCUAUACUGCGGUAAUGAUAUUCUCACAAGAGGAUUCACCAAAUCCUACAAAAACUUCCAUUUUUAUUGGAUUCUCGGAGCUGGCCAUUUUGUACCAGUAGACCAAGCCUGCAUUGCGUUAAACAUGAUAGGGGCAAUCACAGAGUCGCCAGCAGCUUCUUCUGCAUAGGAAAAAAGACAAGGAGAAUUGUUCACAAAUAAUUACACCAAACCAUCAACUCUAUUAUACAAAUGGGUUUAGUGAAUAAAAGCUAGAAAAAAAAAAAAAA